AUGACAGCAAUGAAGCCGAGACCGGCAUCGCUAUCAUUAGUGACCGUAACUUCACUCGAGAAGAAGAGCAGUGUAUUCUUCGAGUUCGGUCAACGCCAGAGACCAAACUCUUUCUAUGGGUUUUCGAGUGACAAAAAUUUAAACCACUUUUACGAAUCGUCAUCCAUAGAGACGCCGACCAUUAUUAUUGAUUCCGGAUCUGAACCGGAAUUAUCUAUAACUGAAUCAGUCAGCGAUGGCGCAAAACAAAUGUUUGGCAAAUCAGUUGACAAUACAUUGAAUAAGACAAACUCAAUCAAAUACCUGACACCACCACCACAGCGGUCGAGGCGCCAACCGGUGGAUACCAUAUCAACAAUCAGUUCAACUCCAACGACUACAAGCGCUUUAAGUAAAUUCUCUCAUCGAUCGAUAUCAUAUAAUAGUAAGAGUGGCGAUGGAGACGACCUGUCAAUCGGUGGCUGUAGUAUUGCUCCCAAUAUGGAUAUCUUUCCCAUUAGUGAACCCAAUCAUAGAGAAACAGUUGAUAUGAACAACCGUUUAGUUAAGUUUAUGUCAAUAGUCUAUGCACUGGUCAUCAUAGUUAGCGCUGCCAUCAUCUGUGUGUACGACUUGGGCACAGAGGAUAGCGACACAAAUCACUUAUUUAUGAUUUUAAUCAAUUUUGUUGGCUUUAUAUGGAUAGCCUUUCUUCACUGGGAUAUCCUUCGAUACAAGCGCUGGGCUAUCGAUUAUUUGAGACCCGAUUCACACGAGUCUGUAAACUCUGAACAAAAAUCAGUGGCCACUUUUCGUGACGAUAUCAGUAUCUCGACGGCUAUUAUAUUCAAUAAAAUACAAACAAAGUCAGACCAGAAUCAGAACCCGAGCUCAACGGCCGACUGUCAUCAGAUCGCCUAUCGGUUUCUCUAUGGCAAGCAUUCGGGUAACUUCUAUCUGAAAUGUGGAAUGACUGUGUUUUGCUUCGGUAGUAUCGUUCAUAUGGGUAUUCAGAUGUUUACAAAUAUCUUUUACUAUGUGGACCGUAAUGUCAAAUGUCAGAGCUCUGUAACCAUACUAUUCCUUAUAAUUCGUUUGGUAUUUUCAUUUUAUCAAUUGUUUAUUGCCUUCAAAUACUCAAAUAUUAUCAUAAACCGAUUCACAACAUUAGCAAGGUUUGCAUUAAUGCAUUUGGUCGGCACAUCCAUGGCCUCCUGGUUUGCAACUAUAAUGAGCGAAGCCAUCGAUGACUUUGUCCAUGAGAUGAAUUCAAAGAACGACACUCAUGAGUUAGAGUCGGAUUUUUUUACCGCUUCUGUCAAAUUCAAUGCCUAUUGUAAGUCAAAAUCAAUCAUCAAUUGGGAAACAUUGGAUGCCAUACCCUAUUUCUAUCCGUUUACCGUUGAAUACAAUAUCUGUAUUGCCUCUGUUUGGUAUAUCAUUUGGACAAAUGUCGACAAAUCGUACACUAAUUCACACCUUCAUUAUGUACGACAAGAGGUCAUUGAGAAUGAGUUUGGAGAACAAGAGAUUGAAUACCGGAGUCCAAUCACUAUCAGUGCCGACUGUCACGCAAGCAAUCGGGGAUUGUUUAGUGGAUUAUCGGCAAUGUUGGCCACAUUUGUCACAAUUGUCAUAUUCUUCACAACUCAAUCCUAUUCGGAUUUCGGUAUAACAAUAUAUACGGCACAGAUAGCUGUGCUUACCUUUGCCUGCUGUCUAGUCAUACCACUGGCCUUUAGGCAAAUACGUCGACUCGAUAUAGUCAAAGAGCAUGAUCUGGACAACUCGUCUACGGCUAUGGACGACCUACUAGUGCUCAUACCGAUACCGUUUUUCUUGCUUCACUACAUCCAUCUGAUCUUAGCCGCCAUCAAUGACAACACUCUGACCAGUUGGACAUUAAUUGUGAUCUACGUGUUGACUAUGAUUCAGGUUAUAGUGCAGUCGCCGUUCAUUGUGGAUGGCAUACGCCGGUGCUCUAACUCGAGACUACUGCGCCAACUGAAGCCGGGACGCGAACUCAUCACUUUUGCCCUGAUUUUGAAUUUAACACUUUGGAUAUUAAAUACAUUUGAAUUGAAAUCACUGGACAAAUAUCACAACACUGAGGAACAGUUCGGUCAGAUGUUAUGGAUGAUUAUAUCGCACACAACUGUCCCAUUGAUGCUCUUCUAUCGGUUCCACUCCAGCGUAUGUCUCAGUGAUAUUUGGAAGUAUGCCUACGAAAAGGAUGAAAACAUUAAUCAUAUUUAG